UCUCCGAUGCCGCAAAAGGUCUGCCUCACCGGAGCGUCUGGCUUUCUCGGUUCCUGGUGCGCCAAGCUGCUCCUCGAGCAAGGCUUCGUUGUCCACGCGACCGUCCGCAGCAAGGAGAAGGCCGCGUAUCUCAAGGCGCUCCCCGGCUCUGAGCGGCUCGUUAUCUUCGACGGCGUCGAUCUGCUAACGCCGGGCGCGUUCGACGCGGCGAUGGCCUCAUGCGACGUGUGUAUGCACACCGCCUCUCCCUUCUUCUUUGCCAACGGCACCGAGGAUGCGCUCGUGAAGCCCGCCGUUGAGGGCACGCGGAACGUCCUCGACGCGUGCGUCCGGGCGGGAGUCCGCAAGGUCGUGCUCACCUCGUCCACCGCCGCCGUCUACGUCUCGUACGGCACCGUCGCCGACGAUCACGUCUGGAGCAGCGCCGACUGGACGUCGGAGGGGCUGGUGCGGGAGAAGGAGAACUGGUAUUGCCUGAGCAAGACCGCCGCGGAGCGCGUGGCCUGGGAGGUGAGCAGGGCGAGCUCGCUCGACCUCUGCGUCCUCAACCCGACGCUCAUCUUUGGGCCGCCGCACCUCAACACAUCGCAAAACACCAUCGUCGGCAUGAUGGACGGCAGCCUCUCCCAGCUCGACAACAGCUGCAAGAGCAUCGUCGACGUGCGGGACGUGGCGGAGGCGCACGUGGCGGCCAUUACGACGGGCAGCGGGUGGGGCGAGCGGUUUCUGCUCAUCGGCGCCACGCCCCACCAGGCGGAGAUUGCCGACGCCGUGAGGGAGGCGCUGCCGGCCGGCAUGAAGGCCAACGUGCCGACCUCAGUCAGCGCAGUCCUUGGCCCGCCAGUGAUGGCGCAGUCGCCGCCCAAUCCGGUUCUGUACGACGCGUCCCCGUCCGAGCGGCUGCUUGGCAUCAAGUACAGGUCGACGAAGGAGAUGGUGCAACAGUCCGUCGCCUCGCUCCUUGCAAAUGGCUUUGACAGCACCGCAAAGUACGCGCACCGGGAGAAGUAG